AAGUUCUUUUAUUGUAUAUUUAUCACUGAAAUAAUAAACAAACGACGGUAGAAAUAAUUGCGAACCAUGUCUGACGUGUUCAUUGUUGCCGCAGCUAGAACCCCCAUUGGUAGCUUCAAUGGUACACUUUCUAAAUUGAAAGCCUCUGAUCUAGGCAGUGUGGUUAUUCAAGAGGUUCUGAAGCGGGCAAAUGUCGCGCCACAACAUGUCAACGAGGUGAUCAUGGGCCAGACACUAACAGCUGGCCAGGGUCAGAAUCCCGCGCGUCAAGCGGCGAUAAAGGCAGGCCUGCCAAUUGAAGUGCCUGCUUUUGGCAUAAAUAUGCUCUGCGGUUCCGGUCUGAAAACUGUUGCACUGGGGUAUCAAGCCAUACGUUCCGGAGAUGCACAAAUUGUAUUGGCUGGCGGGCAGGAAAGUAUGUCUCUGGCGCCUCAUGUAAUGCACUUGAGGCAGGGCGUUAAGAUGGGCACAGGCUCACUGAUAGAUUCCAUGAUUAACGAUGGUCUUACGGACGCAAUGGAUCUUAUACACAUGGGUGUCACAGCUGAGAAUCUAGCUGAGCGGUAUCAAAUUAGUCGUGAGGCGCAAGAUGCAUACGCUGUAGAGUCACAAAAGCGUGCAGAGCAAGCACAAUCCAAUGGCUGGUUUGAUGCAGAGAUCGUUCCUGUAGAAAUCAAAGAUCGUAAGGGCUCGCAAAUGUUUGCCAAGGAUGAGUACAUCAAGUCCGGCAGCAGCAUCGAGGCUCUGCAGAAACUGCGAGCUGCGUUCAAAGAAGGUGGCACUGUCACUGCCGGUAAUGCAUCGGGUGUCAAUGAUUCAGCAGCGGCAUUAUUACUAAUGUCUGGCGAGGAACUGCAAAAGCGUCAGCUCAAGCCACUGGCUAAAAUUGUGGGCUGGACGCAGAGCGGAAUUGAGCCUGCGGUUAUGGGCAUAGGUCCAGUAACAGCAGUGGAAGCGCUGCUGAGCAAAGUGGGCUGGCAACGCGACCAAGUGGACCUCUAUGAACUGAACGAAGCAUUCGCUGCGCAAUCUCUCGCCGUGCUGCAAUGCCUGGAGUUGGAUGCAAGCAAAGUAAAUGUAAAUGGUGGUGCUAUUGCUUUGGGACACCCAAUUGGUGCAUCGGGUGCACGUGUACUGGUCACAUUGCUCUACGCACUGAAGCGCACAGGCGGACGUCGUGGCAUUGCCUCGCUCUGCAUUGGUGGUGGCAUGGGCAUCGCUCUCGCCGUCGAGCGGCUGGAGUAGAAUUUCAGGUGAACUAAUUAAAAUAGUUCCUGCCUGUUUAGUCUGUUACGCAUA